UUGUCUCAUCCUCCCUUCCAACCACUUUGUUUUUGUAUUGCACAAAGACCAAGUGAUCUUCGUUUUUCAAUUGGAAAUGGAGGACUAGAUCAUCAUUCUUUACAUCGCUUUCAUUGACAUGCAAAUAUUUCCUCUUGCAGUUAAUUGUGGCAAUCUUUUAGAGGAGGAGCGAGGGGAUUAACGAUGGUAAGAUCCGUCAAUGUUUGUUCUUUUUCAAUUUCCCAUCUAACCUAAUUGCUAAUCAUAUAUAUAUGUAUACAUAUGUCGCUUUUCAUUUCAUAGGUGGUCGGAGAUUAGCAACCUGGAUCUUGCAGUUGACAUAUGCGAUCAUCUAGUAUAUGCCAAUGCCAAACAUGUGAUGGCUAAUCUCCUAGGGGAAGACGAACCCUCUGAAGAAUUUUCUUAGAACCCGCUCUUUAGCAUGUGUUGCAGCCAUUCUUACCUGCAUGACAUAACACCAGGAUGGCUGUAGUUGUUAAUCAUCCUCAUGGAUUUAAGCCACUUGCCCGACCCCCAAGAUGCAGACUCCAAUCUUACUCUCACUUCGAUCCAACCAUGCUCGAUUUCACCCAUAAUUCCCAUACAUCUGAUGUUACCACUAAUUUUCACAGAAGCUAUUCCACCCCAUGUCUUUCCUUGGCCAAUAAAGCCAAGGAAGAGUUUGAAUCACCUAAACCGAGAAUUGAGAUCAUUAAUGGCYGUAAGGCCCCAAUGGUGCAUGCCCUUGUAGCCGAGGUUGCCAUUGCAUUAGCAUCUGGGGUCGAACCCAAGCCAGUGCCAAGUGGCCUUGGCGGUGCCUACUAUUUGCAAUCGAGGAAAGGCAAUACCAUUGCUGUUGUGAAGCCAGCCGAUGAAGAACCACUAGCAUUUAAUAAUCCUAAAGGGUUUGCGGGUCGGAUGCUAGGACAGCCCGGCAUGAAGCGGUCCAUCCGGGUAGGUGAAACAGGGCUCCGGGAAUUGGCUGCUUAUUUGCUUGACCAUGGGGGAUUUGCAGGUGUUCCUCCAUCAGCACUGGUCAAAAUUUGUCAUGUCACAUUCAACGUAAACGACAAGGGAUUGGCUUCAUCCCCACCGUUCAAAAUCACAUCAAUACAACGAUAUGUAGAACACGAAACAGAUGCAGGAGAUUUGGGCCCCUCUGGCUUCUCUGUUGGUUCAGUUCAUCGUAUUGGCAUACUUGACAUUAGGCUCCUUAAUCUCGACAGGCAUGCAGGGAACAUGCUUGUGAAGAAUUUUCACGGGAGCUAUGCUGCUGGGGUGGCUGACCUCGUCCCAAUUGACCACGGGUUUUGUUUGCCAGAGUCAUUAGACGAUCCAUAUUUUGAAUGGCUACAUUGGCCCCAAGCCUCGAUGCCCUUCUCUGAUACAGAAGCGGAGUAUAUUUCAAAUCUUGAUCCAYUGAAAGAUGCAAAACUUCUAAGAAGUGAACUUCCUCUUAUUAGGGAGUGCUCUGUACGUGUUUUCGUACUUUGUACCAUUUUCUUGAAGAGGGCGGCUGCUGCUGGACUUUCUCUUGCGGAUAUAGGUGAAAUGAUGACAAGGGAGUUCAUCGGAGGUGAAGAAUGUUGGAGUAUUUUGGAGAAUAUCUGUGUAAACGCAAAGGCUAACUUGGAUGCGGACAUAAUAACUGACGGAAGUGAUGAAGUCAAAGAAGACGAUGAAAUGUUUGCAUUUGAUGAAGAGGGUUUGAACCUGAAGAAGGAUGUUUCAAGACAUCCAACAAGUGGUAAACCACCAAAAAUGAUGAAAUUUUCAUCKGAAGGAGCAAGGAGUCAGUUAAGUGAUGCACAAUUGGCGAGAUUAGUACAAGAAUGUGAUAUUAAAGAUGGUUGUGGUCCAACUGGGAUACCAAUACUAAGAAGCGUGAGUUUUGCAGCUCACAACAACAAUCAUGAUACCGGGGUGUGUGUUUCAUUCGAGGAAAUGAAGGAAGACGAAUGGUCAUCGUUCUUGGAGCAUUUUGAGGAGCUUUUGCCAGAGGCUUUUGAGGAGAAAAAGAGCAUGAGCUUGUUCAAACAGAGGUUAGGAAAUUCUUGUGAAUUCUGAAGAGAACGUUGAUUUCGUGAAACAAAAACAGGUACUAAGCUGAUUUCGCUGUAUGUAUACUCCAAGUAACUGUAUAUUAUACAUACCCAACAACACUACUACUGGUGUAGAUAAUUAAUUUGUAUGUCGGAAAAGGGAAGGGCUAAUCUGCCUGCCAUCCUUUCCAUCUACCCUUAGGUUGCAUUCCCUUCUUUCUUUUGUGUUAUUUUAACUAUGUAUAGAAGCAAGCAUAUAGGCCGUGCGAGCCUUGUAGCAACUCCUAAGGAAACCGAGUCUUGGAAGCCAUCUUUUUGUAUGUUGCAAAAAGAGGAGUUCGGUGCAUGGGUCGCCUAUAGGUAUGUUUUUUCCCCUCAAUUUUAUUAAUUUAUGGUAAGGAGUCGAGUAAUAUUAUUAACUUUUGUUUGUAAAUUGGAAGGUGGAUUCACCUAAAAU